AUGGCCUCAUCUUCGCGUUGCAAAGAGGUCCCAAUGAACCAACAGGGCCUCUCUACAUAUGUUCCAACCUACGAAUACACACCAGGAGCCGUUCAACCGCAUAUAUCGAUAGCUCCUCCACCAAUAUUCGACGACGACAAUCUAUGCAACAAGGAUCCAAUUAGCCCGGCUUCUCAUGAAUUCCAAGAGGGAGAUUUUGUCUGUCCUGGAUUUUUCGAAAGGGUCGACUUGGACUCUUUUGUCCACCGGUUCCAGGCCCAAGAGUGGAAUUACGAAAUGCGCAGAGAGGCCCAGGCUAUACUGCCUUUUCUUUAUCUAGGCCCGCUGGCGUGCUUGAGAGAUAGGAUUUACCUCGCAAAGGAAGGAUUUACUCUACUACUCGCCAUUCGAAACAAACGAUCAGCACAGGCACGUCUGGUUUCCGGGGAAAGGGCAGCGGCAGAGCUGGGCAUUGAGGCGGAUUGUGUGGAUGUGGACAAUAACCAAGAGCUGAUAUCCGCCUUCCCCCGUGCGAUCCGGCGUAUCAACGAUCACAUCUCUUCCCCUGACAUGGGACUAUCUGAAAUACCACACCAGAAGAAAAUCCUCGUGUUUUGCGAGUCGGGCAACGAACGCUCCGCGACUGUCAUGAUAGCGUACAUGAUGGUGAUGCUUAACCUAGACGUCUCCAAUGCCCUUCAUGUUGUCCAGCAAAGGCGGUUCUGUGUUUCCAUCGAAGAGCCAUUGAGGCAGCUGUUGGCAUUCUUUGAAUCGAUUCUCGUGGCUAAGCGGGAUGUGGAAAAGGCUAAACGUGCAGCUAUUGCGAACUCGAAUCUGGCCACGCCCCCGAUGCAAAUUUCCAAAAAGAGAAGUUUCGAUGAUCGGCAUGGUGAUGAGACCAUGAAAGACGAUGACAUGGAGAUGGAUGAGGAUGGAGAUUUGGCUAUUGAUAGAAGACCCAUGGCACCGUUCCGGGACCGUUGGGCAUAG